UCCACGGAGCAACUGGUGGCAUAAUAAGACUGAAAUAAUUAACACAGCCACCACAGGUACACAAUGUACUUGUUUCACCGAUAAUUUCUACGAAAUAAAUGUUGACUUGAUGCAGGUGACAGUUUCCACACUGUGACAAAAUCAAAGUCAACCUGUAGCUUUCCCACAAGCACUUCAAAUUAUCAACUUCACUAAAACAUCAUUUUUUAUUUGUCAACUAAAUUAACACACAAACAAAAUGAUGGAUGAACUAGAAGAUGACAUUCCGGAUGAAUUCAAAGGCACGCUGCAAAUCACACGUGAUGUGUCCAAGAGUGAGGAUUUAGGGAAAACAUCUCCAAGUAAUGGCAGUGAGACUUCUUCAGUUGAUGAUAAAAUUCUAGGCAGCAAUGUGAAUGAUGAUUCAACAGUGGAAUCACCACCAAAAACCUUACUUACUAAUAUUACUGAAAAGAUCACUCCUUUGGUUAGGAGAAUAUCAACAGGUACCAAAAACUCUCUCAAUGGCAUCAAAACUGUGAACCAUUCAGCAAUUGCCCUGCAAGCUGAGACUGCAACAAAUUAUUUUACUUAUCGUGAUGGGAUUAUUGACAAGGCUGUUGGAGAUUGCAUCUCAGACAUCAUCUCAGAAGUGGAUGGUGCUUUAGUUGGCAAAUAUUUAUUAACAGAGAUUAACCUAUGGGAUUCAGACAAGGAAAGAUUGAUUCUACUGAUGACAAACUGUGUAAUCAGUGUGAAGUAUGAUUUUAUUGCGUUGAAAAUACUUGAAUAUCGUCGAAUUUUCCUUAAAAACUUGGAUAAUGUUGUGAUUGGAGAUUUGGUUUAUCCACCUGGCUCAUUAGUGCCUCGCUUAAGUGGCUUUGCUGAUGGAUUGACCAACAUGGUUCAUAGUUGUUGGACGCAAACGCAUAUUAAUCCUUAUGAAGCUUUCAAGCCAAGGGAUCGGAAUGCAAGAGGUGUACGCCUAAUGUGGAACCGCGGUGAACCAUUGAAAUUCGCUGUAAAAUGGAACCCGUUCAACGACGACGCGCCGAUUUUCACUCUCACUUCUCAUCCUUUGUACUAUCACACCGAAUGCAACGAUGACGACCGCCUGAUGUUCAGUUUCGACGAAUUCCUGGAUAAAUUACGUUUGAUCAUAGGACGAGAGAACUACGACAAUGUUACCAUUCAUCAUAAAUCAAUCGUGUUGCAGAAUUACGUCGGGUUAAGUUCGCUCAUACAUAAUCGCAACACGCUUGGUUUCUUUAAAGUUAGGGGUAAAUUUAGUUUCUGAAUAUUCUUGCCUGGAGCGCAUUUAAUUUAUAUAUCUAUCUGGCAACUUAUCUAAGUCUUGUUGUGAUUUUAAGUAUUUAAUAUUCAUAGUCGAUUUUGUUGUGACUAUAACUAUACAUUUCUUUAGGGAUAGAGUAUAUGAAAUAUAAAUCUUGCAACUAUUAAA